AGCAGCGGCAGGACCGACGGCGACUCUGUGCCCAAGUUUCACGACAGUUUUGUCCUUUCGAAGGCGGACUGAGGCCGACCCUGUUUGAACCUGGACUUUAAAGACACUCUACUGGUUUCUGCUGUGGUCUUACUGGUUCCACCUUUUCCAUUAACGCUAAUUACGUCUGACACAGUCUCUGUUGAUACUCCAGCAAACGGCCCCUCCCACUCCUCUGACAUCACGGCGAGGGCCUCAAACCUGUGCUAGUGUGGAGACAGCACACAAACCGGACGAGGAGGAGGAGAGCCUGAGCAGGAUGCUGCACUGCAUCACUGAUGAUACCCACAAAAGACCAGAAGAAGAAAAGGAGGAUGAGGAAGUUUUUCUUUUUCCUCUUCCUCCCAUGAUCAUGACGACUCCUAAAGACAACCCUGUGGGCCAAUCAAAGGCUGCAGCAACACCUCCAAUCAAUCAGAAUGCCAGCUCCGAGUCGGGGGAGGAUACAGUGGGUACACUGCCAGAUUCCAACAGGGAAGCAUUACCAUGGCAACACAAGGAAGUGGAGGAGCACGAUGAGGCAGAGACGAAGGCGGUGGCCUCUUCUCCUGAUGGGCGAUUCCUCAAGUUCAACAUCGAGAUCGGCCGAGGGUCCUUCAAGAAGGUUUACAGAGGCCUGGACACGGAGACCACGGUGGAGGUGGCCUGGUGCGAACUGCAGACUCAUCGCCUGAAUAAGAUGGAGCGUCAGAGGUUCAGUGAGGAGGUGGAGAUGCUGAAAACCCUGAAGCAUCCAAACAUUGUCCGAUUCUAUGACUCCUGGAAGUCAAUGGUGAAGGGACAUAAAUGCACCAUCCUGGUGACGGAGCUCAUGACGUCUGGGACACUCAAAACGUACCUGCGCAGAUUCCGUCCGAUAAAGCUGAAGCUGCUGCAGCAUUGGAGUUUUGAGAUUCUGAAGGGGCUUCAGUUCCUGCACUCACGCUGCCCCCCCAUCCUGCACCGAGACCUCAAGUGUGACAACAUCUUCAUCACUGGUCCCACUGGCUCUGUCAAGAUCGGAGACCUGGGCCUCGCUACGCUCAAGAAGGCCUCAUUCGCCAAGAGUGUCAUUGGGACCCCGGAGUUCAUGGCUCCAGAGAUGUAUGAGGAGAAGUACGAUGAAGCUGUGGAUGUUUAUGCCUUUGGCAUGUGCAUUCUGGAGAUGGCAACAUCCGAGUAUCCGUACUCUGAGUGUCAGAAUGCCAUCCAGAUCUACCGCAAGGUCACCAGUGGAACCAAACCAGACAGUUUUUUCAAAGUACAAGACCCAGACCUGAAGCAGAUCAUUGAAGGCUGCAUCCGAACAAAGAGCAGUGAGAGGUUCACAGUCCAGGACCUGCUGGACCUUCGGUUCUUCCAGGAGCGGUUGGGUGUCCACGUGGAGCUGGCCGAGGAUGAUGACGGCUCUAAGUCGGCCCUGACGCUCUGGCUCCGGAUGGACGAAAACAACAAGCUUCAUGGCAAAUACAAAGACAACAAUGCCAUCGAGUUUCUGUUCGAGCUGUACAAAGAUGUCCCCGAGGAGGUGGCCCAGGAGAUGGUGGUGCUGGGUUUCCUGUGCGAGGCAGAUUACAAGCUGGUUGCCAAGGCAAUCAGACAGCAAGUGACGGCCAUAAAGCAUCAGCGAGAGAAACAGCGCCGCCUCCUAGGGGAAGCCCAGAACCACCAGAGGGAUGGUGUCAUCGAGGAGGCACCUGAGCCCACACCCCAGCCACCUGAGCCACCCAAUCAGAAGCCGUCAUCCGACAUGGGAAUGUCUGCAGCUGGACAAGUGGCCAACAAGGACUCAGGUGUUGUUUCGGCUCCUGACUCCAUGAGGUUUCAAGCUCCGCCCACCGCAACAGUGACAUCAUCAAGCAGGAGCCCAGUAGAUCCUGGGAUCCACAGGACAGAAGGAGACAGAAAGAAAAAGGAGGAGGACAAGCCCCCCAAACACACCUCCUAUUCAUCCGCCACCCAAGACUGUGACUCAGGUGUCCCAGAAGAUGCCGAAGCCAUGCCCCCUUCAAUCACAAACCCUGCCCUCCUCACUUCUGGUUCAACCCUUGCUCCAGUGGCUCAAGAAACCCCUUUCCUUGAGACCCCUCCCCCUGUGACGCAUUCGUCCAAGGCCUCGCCUCUUCCGGUGCUGCGUUUCCCUACGAGCAUCGCCGUGUCCCAGAGUGCCGAGCAACCACCACCUGGACUAGUCUGUGGCUUCUCUUCACCUGUCGACAGCUCUGAUGUGACCUCGGGUUUGAGUGACGGCAACGAUGGCCAAUCAGAUAAGAGCAACCAGGAAGUACCUAAAAGGUCGGCUACGAAGCAGUUCAGGCGAAGAAUAAGGGCUCGUCUGAGAAUCACAGGGGUGUCGGACCAGGUGGACCGGGUGGUGGAGUGUCAGCUGCAGACUCACAACAGUAAAAUGGUGACGUUUAAGUUUGACCUGGACGGAGACAAUCCAGAGGACAUCGCCUCUGUAAUGCUCCACAGAGACUUCAUCCUGCCCUCAGAGCAAGAAGGAUUUAUCCUCCGCAUGCAUGACAUCAUCAAGAGGGUGGAGUCAAUGAUGAAUCAGCAGCCAACAGACGCCAACAGGUUACCUCGACUGACCGAGUCCACGUCAGCCCAGCCCCUCUCCAGAACUCUGUCCUCAUCAUCACUACCAGAUAUUGCAGGCUCUGACUCCUCCCCCUUGAAAGGUGUAGUAGACUUCUUCAUCGACUCUGAGGCCAUGCCCCAUGUCAGACCACUGAGGUCACAGUCCUUGCACACCCCAUCAGGUGCAGAAGAUGCUGUCCCUUCCCCCUCACACCUCCCCCUUCUUCCUCAGUACCCUCUCCCAUCCCCUGACUACUCCCUCUAUGCCCCCUCCUUCCCCACCCAGACCCCCUCCCCUGGCCUCCACCAAGUCUACAGUAACCCCACCCUCCUCACUGCAUCCUCCUCCCCUUCUGCACCUCAGCCCGCCCCACCUCACUGGCCACCCCCUGAGCAGCCUCUCUUUUCCCUGGCUAAUGUGUUCUCUCUGGCCAUGAGCAUGGCCCAGUCCCUUAUGCCCCCACCUGGGACCCCCAACCAGGGCUUUCAUCCCCAGCCCCCGUUUCCCUCACCCCAGAGCCCCAUUGCUCCAUUUCUGGGCUCUCAGCUCCAUCCUCUAAACCAUACCUCCUCCUCAGCUCCCUUCUCCCUCCAACCGCCCUACAGCCCCCCUACCCCUCAGACAGGUCCUGCACCUGAAGGCCAGCAGGGGGUGCCAGCCAGCCGGGCUCCACAAACACCUCAGCAUCACAUUCCAGAGCAGGUGAAGGUCAGCUCAGCUCCGCCCCCCCAUGGUUCAGAGAACAUCUCUGCUCCCAGUCGGACCAGCACUCCCAGUUUGACCAGUGUUCCCAGUCUGACCACUACUCCCAGUCUGACCAGAACUCCCAGUCUAACCACUACUCCCGGUUUGACCAGUGUUCACAGUCUGACCAGAUCGCCCAGUCUAACCACUGCUCCCAGUCCGACCAGAACUCCCAGUUUGACCAGAACUCCCAGUCUAACAACUACUCCCGGUUUGACCAGUGUUCACAGUCUGACCAGAUCGCCCAGUCUAAACACUGCUCCCAGUCCGACCAGAACUCCCAGUUUGACCAGAACUCCCAGUCUAACAACUACUCCCGGUUUGACCAGUGUUCACAGUCUGACCAGAUCGCCCAGUCUGACCACUACUCCCAGUUUGACCAGUGUUCCCAGUCUGACCAGAACUCCCAGUCUGACCAGUGUUCCAAGUCUAACCACUACUCCCAGUUUGACCAGAAAUCCCAGUCUGACCACUACUCUCAGUCUGACCAGUGUUCCCAGUCUGACCAGAAAUCCCAGUCUGACCAGUGCUCCCAGUUUGACCAGUGUUCCCAGUCUGACCAGAACUCCCAGUCUGACCAGUAUUCCCAGUUUGACCAGUAUUCCCAGUCUGACCAGUGCUCCCAGUUUGACCAGUAUUCCCAGUUUGACCAGUAUUCCCAGUCUGACCAGAACUCCCAGUUUGACCACUACUCCCAGUUUGACCAGUAUUCCCAGUCUGACCAGAAAUCCCAGUCUGACCAGUGCUCCCAGUUUGACCAGUGUUCCCAGUCUGACCAGUGUUCCCAGUCUGACCAGUACUCCCAGUUUGACCAGUAUUCCCAGUCUGACCAGUGUUCCCAGUGCUCCCAAACCCAGAGGAGAACUCUCAGCCUUCUCGCCACCUGCAUCGACUCCUCCCAACAGAGUGUCCUCGCCCACCUCACCAUCACCCAAACUGUCUCCCAUACAGGAGGUAAAGAAACCGUCAGUCUUCAGCGUUGGCCGUUUCCAGGUGACGCCAUCUGAAGAUGUCCCUGGUGUCCAUCAUCAGGAGCCACGCCUCCUCAAUGAGGCCAUACCCCCUGCACACUCCCCACCUCCCUCCAGGAACAACCAAUCAGAGAGCUCGGAGAGCAGCACAGAGGAGCAGAGCGAAUCGGGGAACAGUAUUAUCCAAGUGUCUGUCUCCUCCCCUGUUGGUUACCUUGGAGGACAAGAGCAGAGGAGGAGGAAGAAGGAAGAGGAGAAGGAGAGGGUGGAGGGUUGGAGGCUGAGCAUCAGUCGGUGGGAGGGGUCAGCUGGAGGCCCUGGGAUGACCAGCAGCAGCUCCAGCCAAUCAUGGAGCCGCUCUGUGGCUUACAUUAGCUCUGACGAAUCAGAGGGUGAAAAUGAGAUGUGGGAGGAGCUACAGGAGCUUCGUGAAAGACACCUGGUGGAGGUGCAGAACCUACAGACAAAUCAGAAGCGAGAGAUCGAGGAGCUGUACCUGAGGAACGGGAAAGUCCCUCCGGUAGCUAUCUUCUCUCCAGCUGCCAUGUUGAACCACCGCCAUCGUCGCAUCUCCAAGAAUGGAAAUUACACACCUAACCGCAAGAACAACCUGCAGAGACUGGAGGUGCUGCCCCCUGCAGGUAUCAUGAGAAGGAGCCCGCUGAGCAGCAGCAGCAGCGGAUCCCAGGAAAGAGCAGGGAAAGGAGUGACGUUCACCCCGGGGCACAGCUGAACGUGAGAGAAGAGCUGCUGACUGAAGACGUGAGGAAGAGGAGUUCUCCCUGAACACUCGUCACUUUAUCAAAGCCACAGAAACAAGGCAAUGUUCAGACACUGAGGGCAACAGGACUAUUGCUUUACUCUGCUGAAUCAUUUGACCGAGACUGAAACAUUUAAGCACUUUAAGAGAAAACACCGCGUCCCACUGAACCGGUCUAACUUUGUUUUACUCAUGAGGUUCUGCAGGUUCCACAUGUCAGACUACUUAUUUAUUUCCAAUUUAAUUAGAAGAUAAACCCCUGGAGAUGCAUCAGAGGCUCCUUAGACGCACACACGUAAACAAAUACAUCAAAACAAAGACAAUAAAAAGAACACACAACGACUCUCCCACAGUCACACACCACAUCAGCAGGGCAUAGAGUAAACAAACACAGAAGUAAAUAAAGUGACACGAUGCAACAACCAGCAACCAGAGCAUCAGAGGUCAAUGUGCAGAGAAGCAAGAAACCAGGUUCAGGAAGUGAAUCCAGUUCGAUGAUGGUUUUUUUUUAAAGAAAUGAACAAUAAAGACAAACUGAUGUAAACAAUGGAAGCUGAGGACAAAGGACAGUUAAUGUCGAUGCAUCUGAAACUACAGCGGUGCCCAGUUAAAACUAUGUCAGAGUUCACCAUCUUCAGUAACAGUAACAUUUAUUUUAAUGUACUUCUAUAAUAAAUUCAACAUGAGGCAUCAACGAAAACUGUGAAUCCAACAGAGAUAUUUCAGUUUAUGAGAUCAGUACAAUUAAUGGAAAACCGAGCAGAUCAGUGACUGGGAAUAGAAAACUACACGAUUCAGCUCAGAAAUGAGAUUCAACAGGUUUUUUGGCAUUAGGCUUUUAUUAUUUUACGGAGUAAGUGGACAGGACGGAGGGGGUCAGUGGAUCGGACCCACCACACAGUCGGCGGUUGGAGUCGAGCUGCUGUCAUCGCGUACACGCUGUGCUUGUAUAUGAUGUUUUAAAAACUGAGGUUUACCCGAAAACCUGAUUCUGAAAGCUCUGCCCUCCAUCUCCAGGAGGAAACUAAAACCUGCUGUCUGUUGUCAACAGCUUGUCCAUGGUCCACCGCCCACCACAUCAGGCUUCUGUCCAGCACAGUCCUGAUGAGUUCAGCUUGUAUUCAUUUACUACUGCGCAUUAUUUUCUACCUUUAACUCCACCUGCUGCUCAUCCAGUCACAACUCUGACGUCAAGAGAAGCAUUUCAGGUGUGCAACCAGUUUGCAGGUGGUUUAAGACUGAGUCAGUUCAGAGUCGUGUGUAUGUGCUGCACAGUCCGUGUCUCAGCUUAUGAUCUGCAUGAAAGCAGCUAAAGAAAAAUUGGAAGAUUUAAGGAGAGACCGAACCAACAGCCAUCACCUCCUCUGGUUUCUACAUGACAAAGUCAGUGACGCGGCCACGUGGCUCCACAUAACUCAUUUUGUUCCCGUUGUUAAAGUUUGACUGGUAUUAAACCUGGUAUAUGAAAUGUUUGCGGCAAUACCGUCUCCUGGGUUUCUAUUAAGGUAGAAGUUCGCUGCCGACUCUUAUUUGGUGACUUUAACAGCCAGUAGCAGGAAGAGAGCCGAAUCCUACAGGCCUAGAAUGAACAGUUUACAAAUGAAUAUCAAGUGAGAAAAACAAAUCUCCAGUGGCGCUUCCAAGGAGCAGAGACAGGAUGUCCCCGUCCUCCGGUCAGAGAAGAACUGCAGCGCCUCGAUCCCAGGAGAAUAUUGUUGACCACGUGGCUGUUACGUCAGAGCAAGUCUUGAUCGAGUCAGACAGAAAACUAACCAGCAUGCUUUGGGUCAUCUCCUGAUGCAGCUGGAAAUGGUAGGAACCUGCAACUGGAGACUUCACAAUAAAAGCCCUGUGUAUUAUUGAAAAUGUCAGAAACACUGUGGAGACAUAAGACAAACAACUUUAAUCUUCAAGGACAGAGCAGCUGCAUCAGAUUCAUAUCUGAGGAGAAAAGAGAGACAAGCGAAGUGAGCUGCUCCAAGAGCAGCAAUAAAACCUGAACAGGUGAGUGAUGAAUGUCACUUUACAAGGGCUGGACAAAAUAUCAGAAACACCCGGUGGUGCUAAUACUUCAACAGUAAAGUACGUUUACUCCAAUACUGUACUUAAGACAGACUGAGGUAAUUUACAAAAAUAUCAGCCUCCAAAUCUACCUGAAGUACCAGCAGUACCAGUACCCGUCCAGCAGAACGGCCCGUGUCCCAGUAACGUCUCUGAUACUGGAUCAUAGUG